CAUCAUGUGUGGCAAGUGCGUGCUGCUCCUGCAAUUGCUGUGCGCUGCUGUGGCUGGCUGUGGUGCAGCCGGCAGGGAUUACUAUACGGCGGGCGUGGUGGAGUUUCGUCCGGCUGUUAGUGGUGGCAGCUCCGAGCAGCUGCUCGAGGAGAAUCUGGCGGCCUAUCUGGAGCUGAUAGACGCCGCCAAUGGCACUGCGGACAUUCUGAUCUUUCCGGAGGGCACGCUGAAUAGUCAGCUGCAAUUGACGGCGGUGCCGGCGCCGUCGUGGCGCAGUCUGUGCCACAUUGUGGUUGCACCUGUCGAUGGCGUGGCCACGUUUCUGAGACAUCUGGCGUGUGCCGCCGUCGCCGCCGAGAGCUAUUUGGUGCUGAACGUGAAGGAGCGCGAGCGCUGCGACCGAGACGCCGAUUGCCCCCCUCGCGGCUUUCGACUCUACAACACGAAUGUGGUGCUGGAUCGCAGCGGUGCGGUGGUGUCGCGUUACCGCAAAUGGAAUCUGUAUCUGGAGCCGCAACUGAAUCGCACUCCGGAGCCGGAAUACGCCAUCUUCGAAACGGACUUCAAUGUGACCUUCGGCCACUUCAUAUGCUUCGAUAUGCUCUUCCAUACGCCCGCCCAGGAGCUCGUCGAGCGCUACUCUAUUCAGCAUUUGAUAGUCACCAAGAUGUUCAAGUCUGAGCUGCCCUUUCUCACAGCGAGCCAAUUUCAACAGGGCUGGGCGUGGGCCAACAAUGUGAAUCUGUUGGCAGCUGGCGCGAGCUUGCCCCACGGCGGCAUCAGUGGCAGCGGCAUCUAUGCAGGACGUCGCGGUGCCCUCGUGCGUCGCAUGGUGGGCGACACGCACGUUGGCCAGCGGCAGCUGUUGCUGGCACGUGUGCCGCGUUAUCCCCAGUUGGAGCAGGAGCUGGGGCCGGAGCUGGAGCUGGAUGUGGAGCGUGCGGGGCCAGCGCAGAGGCAGCUGGCGAUGCUGCAGCAACCGCAAUUCGAGGACUUUACCAGUUCGCUGGUGCCGCUGCUCAAUGGCAGCAGGCAGCAACAGCGCCUCUGCCAGCAGGAUCUCUGCUGCGACUUCGAGCUGCAGCUAGAGCUGCCAGGCGAUGCCACGCAGCCGGAGUACAGCUAUCGCGUGGGCGUCUUCGUGGGCCAGCGGCGCUACGAGGAGGAACAAUAUAGCGUGGUCAGACUGUGCGGUCUGUUUGCGUGCCGCAACGAGAGCGUUUACAGUUGCGGCCAACUGGCGACGGAGGAGGCAGCGGAGCCCGCGGCGAACAGUCGCCUCGUUGCAUUCAGCUGGCUGCGUAUUCGCGGCGAGUUCGUGCAGCGCCGGCGACAACUGCUCAUGCCCAGCACGCUGAGCGCUGCGCUCUAUGCGCUGCAGGCGACCGAAUUCGAGUGGGCGUGGCUGGGCGCUGACAGCGCCGUGACACGUGUGGAGCUGAAGCUGAGAAAAACCCACACACAACUGCUGACCUUUGGCAUCUAUGGCAACUACUUUGAUGAGUUCGCUGACGAUGGCCUGCCAGGGGGCGGUGGUGGCGGGGCGAGGGGCGUGGCUGUGGCUAUGCCGUGGCAGCAGCUGCUGAUGCUGCUGUUGCUGCUGUCUUAUCACGGGGGCUAACCGCUACGCAAACACUUUGCUGAUUAGUUCUAAUUGGAAAUGCGGGCGCAGGCGACAAAACUGUCGAAAUUGUGGUUGAUAAGAGGAGUGUGGAGAGGACACAGAGUGA